AUGGCUCAGCAGAAGGUGGUGUUAAAGGUUCUUACUAUGACAGAUGACAAAACAAAGAAGAAAUCAAUAGAAGCAGUUGCAGAUAUCUAUGGAGUUGAUUCAAUCGAGACAGAUGUUAAUGAACAGAAGUUAACAGUGAUUGGCGAAAUGGAUACAGUGGCAGUAGUGAAGAAGCUGAAGAAAGUGGGGAAGGUAGACAUAGUAUCAGUUGGACCUGCCAUAGAAGAGAAGAAAGAAGAGAAGAAAGAAGAGAAGAAAGAAGAAAAGGAAGAGAAAAAAGAAGAGAAACAAGAGGAGAAAAAAUAA